GCACCGCACCGCUCCCCCGGGCGGCGGCGGCCGAGGCCGGGCUGCGUCCCCAUGGCAACACCGGUGGCUGGUGCCCGCCUGCGGCCUGUUUUCACCGCUCGCCGCCGGCCGGGACAGGACAGGGCGGGGGGGGUGUGUGGAGACGGGACAGCAUGUCCUCCGACCAGACCAGGAAUGUCGUCAAGAAAAUCAUCCGCGAGAUCGGACAAGAAUGCGCCGCCCAGGGACAAACUGUUUCUGAAACGUUAGUGGCUUUCAUGGUGAAAGCUGUUGCUUUAGAUCCAAGAAAUGACUUAAAUGUGGAUCAAAUCCUUACAAAAGAAGAUGUGCAAAAUAUUAUCCAGCUCUGUGUUACCAGACUGCUCGACACAACAAACCCAUCCCUGAGCACAAUUAAGAUGCAAGUUUACUUUGAUACAAACUAUGCGAACCGAGCUGAAUUACUCAGUGAGCAGCACCGUGUUCUGGAGGCAAGGCUGGCUCCUGUGGUCAGAGAUAUCACAGAUAGUUGUCCUCAUCUGCAAGAAGAAAUGGAAAAUGUGUAUCGAAAGAUCGUUAGCUAUGUGCUGCUGGCCUCUGGCCUAGGAUCCCCAACAGAUAUUGGGGUUGUCAGGGAGGUAACAGCUGCUCUGCAGAGUGUAUUCUCCCAGAGAGAGGUAGUUACUUUCACCUCACUUGGUAAGAAGAACAAAGAGCAACAGCUGAAAACUUUUGCCAUGCUAGUCACAGGAAUUCGGUUGUACAACAAGGAAUGCGGGAAAGGAGGAAGCAGCAUUGAUGACUUGCCAGCCAUUCUGAAUGAAGCCAUUCCGUCAGCUACACGAGCUAUCGAUGAAGGUCUUCAUAAUUGCCAUAUACUGGCCCACCGGUACACAACUCUGCUGGAAUCCAUGCAGGAAGACCAACACAGGCAUACGCAGCUUAGUUCUUUUAAAUUAAAAGAAGCACUAUUCAAUGCGAGACAAUAUGAGGCCUUCCUUUGCAUCCUUCUGUCUGAUGCAAUUACAAGUGCUCAAGAAGUUGAAAAGAUGCAUGUGCAGUUUGCAACAACAAUGGAGCGCUUGAAAAACACAGUGCAGAAUAAGGUCUCUGUAGAUGCCAACGAAGUUUUUCCUCUCUUUGUUGCACUUUCUAACCUCUGGACCGGCUUUCGGGAUGAGAUGCUACUGCUAAAGUUCCUCACAAAUAUGACUAACAAUCUGCAGCAGUUCUCAGAAAUCCAGUCACAACUUUUUCCUGAGGAAGUGCUAACAUCUCUUCUGGAAGGACUGACUGUGAAAAGUGAUGAGGAAAGGUUAAGAGAAACCAUGGGAACCAGAGUGAAUGUUUCUGAUUUCGAGAACCAAGAAUGGCUUUUUCCAGAGACUACUGAUAAUUUUGAUCAGUUGCUAAUCCAGUACCAUGGUUUCUGUGCACAUGCAAUUGGUGUGAAAGGCCUCAUUCUCCCAGGAAAUGCUGCUAUUGGAAUUUUGAAGCACAAGGAGAAAUGUUAUGUUUUCAGUUCCAAAGAAGCUGCAUACAUCUUUGCUCAAGAUCCAGAUAAGUUCAUUCAGCUGAAUGUAGAAAAAGCAAAAGAAUAUGCAGAGCUAAUUCAACUGCUUGAGCUUCAUCAUCAGUUUGAAUACCUUGUUCCAUAUGCACAGGCCAGAACUCCAGACAAAGGUUUGAUGAAACCAACUGUAAAAUGUGACAGUAGUUCUCAAACUGAUACGCAUAUCUUGCCUCCAACCAUUGUGACAUCCUAUGAGUGGAAUGAAUGGGAAAUGAGAAGAAAAGCUAUAAAACUGGCAAAUUUGCGCCGCAAAUUAACUCAUGCCAUGCAGACUGAUCUCAGCAGUAUGAGAAGACAGAACUGCACCCAAGUGUACUUGCCAAAAGACGUCAGCACCCAGACUAAGCGCGACAACUCCAGCAAUGUACCCAGACCACAGAUUUUCCUGGAAGGUCUCCGAGGACGAUCAUCUCCCACUACUCAUACAGUCAAAGUAAACUUAACAAGAGCACUAGAUGAAACCUAAGUGAAAAUGAGAAAUCUGAAGAUAUAUAUUGAAUGUAUAAACAAAAUUCCCUGCAUAUAUCUGAAAUACGAUAAAAAAGAUUUUACUGUGUCUGUUGAUUCCAGGAGCAGUUGAUUUCUUUCUUUUAUCUGUUGGGGUUGCUGACUGGCAUCAAGUGAUAGAAAUGAUAAUCUUGAAGCACCCACACUUUAAACAGCAAUUUAGAAUCAAGAUGUUCCUAAAGACUUUAGCAUAAACUAACAUUUAAAUCUGUAGUGUGUUUUCUCAGAUUUUCUUGAUGUUUUACUACAAUGACUGCCUGCUGAAACACUGCUGCUGAGAGCCAUGUCUUUGGUACAUGGAAAGGAUAAUAUAAGACGAAUAGCUUUUACGAGAUAUAAGGCCAAUGCUGCAGCUCCUAUGGAGGCAGAAUUCCCAUUGGUGUGAAAUGAGAGCAGCCCCAUGGAGAAGGUCUUGGGGGUGUUGGUUGAUGAGAUGGUUAAUGUGACCCAGCAAUGUGCACUUGCAGCCUAGAAAGCCAACUGUGUCUUGACCUGCAUCAACAGCAGCAUGACCAGCAGGUCAAGGGAGGUGAUCCUGCCCCUCUGCUCUCGUGAGACCCCACCUGCAGUACUGCUUUCCGCUCUGGGUUCCCCAACACAAGAGGGAUGUGGACCUGCAAGAGCAAAUCCAGAGGAGGCCACUAAGAUGCUCUCAGGGCUGGAGCAUUUCUCCUGUGGUGACAGGCUGAGAGAGUUGGGCUUGUUCAGCCUGGAGAAGAGAAGGAUCUGGGGAGACCUUAGAGCAGCUUCCAGUACCUAAAGGGAGUCUACAAGAAAGCUGGAGAGGGACUUUUACAAGGACAUAUAGUGACAGGACAAGGGGUAAUGGCCUGAAACUGAAAGGGUAUGGAUUUAGAUUGGACAUUAGGAAGAAAUUCUUCCCUGUGAGGGUGCUGAGGCGCUGGCACAGAUUGCCCAGAGAAGCUGUGGCUGCCCCAUCCCUGGCAGUGUUCAAGGCCAGGUUGGACGGGGCUUGGAGCAACCUGGUCUAGUGGAAGGUGUCCCUGCCUGUGGCAGGGGAGUUGGAACUAGAUAAGCUUUAAUGUCCCUUCCAACACAAACCAUUCUAGGAUUCUAUGAAAUAAAGCUGAUACAAGAGUCACCUGAAUGUCACAGCUCUGCGCUUACAGCAGAAUUGUCAAGAAAGUAAAAGCAGCAAAAGUAAAUCAGUCUCAGUUCUUGGGCCUCUCCAUUCGUUAACCCAAGCGUCUUUGCAGGGUAACAGGCAUCGCGAGUGCAGGCUGAAGCAGGGAAGCAGAGAAGGGGGAAUCUGUCUCCCAUGGUUCUGGCAGCCUAGCAAUUUCUGUAUUCAUCAACUGAACAGUGUGCUGGUGAGCAUGCUGAAACCAUAGGACCUUGUCUCCAGGGCACCUUUUCAAAAGCUCUGUUUCACUUGUGUUUGAAAACCUAAAGCACAACAGGAAAAGGUUUUCAGCUUUAUUUCACUGUGGCAGGGAAAAAUGUGCCAGGUCUUAUCAGUGCAACUGCAGCUAGUGUUUCUGUUUGUGAAUCAUUUGAGCUUCAAAAUGAAACAUCUCAAAUGCAAGUAGGGGAUACUUUAAAACAGAGAUACUUUUCACAACAAAGAGCUCCAGAAGUCGAUAUCUGCAAAAUGUCCAGGUGUGCAUCUGUGAUGGCACAGGAUGUGCCAAGGUUUCCAAAUCUCUUUUUCAGUCAGGUGCAGCAUGGUGCAGUGUGGUUUCCAUUGUUACGCAAGCCUGUGACAAUGAAGCUUGAAGAUUCAAGCUGCUGGGUGAUUCUCCUGUGGCACUGUGCAUGACAGCAUUCUCCUUCUCUUUAUCUGUCUCCAAGGAGAGGAGCAGGGAAAGAACUUAGCAAAAUGGUUUUCCACUAUGUGAUUUUUCUCUUAUGUGAAAAUAAGCUGAGCAUUAGCAGACAGAUGUGCUGCUCCUCCGUGUUUCUAAAUUAUGAGCUGGCACCAAUUUUCAGUUUUAUUAUUAAAAAUAUGAAUGCUGUUAGCAGCUAUGGCUUUUUUUUUUUAAUCGAGGAAAAUACUCUGUUGUUGCUUUAUUAAAGACUUGUUGUUGUUGUGA